UCACGACACUUUUGUCUGAACACGACAUCUCUUCAGCGCAGGCUAGUUCAAGCGCGCAGCUCCCUCGAUACAUUUUUAUGUAGCAAUGCGGGUCUUUUUAUCUUAACUGUAGCCCACAGCUCAUCGUGGGGAACUGACCUUUGUCGUAUCUCACUAUCUAGAAACGUUAAUCGGCGUUAAACGUCGCUCAUCUGCGUUUAUCGUUUGGAAGAGCGUGCGAGAACCUCCGCAGCGAUGACGUCAGCCUCAGCAAAGGUUGGCGAGAUCUUCUCGGCUGCCGGGGCUGCUUUCACCAAACUGGGGGAACUCACGAUGCAACUGCACCCAGUUUCUGAUUCGAGUCCUGCAGGGGCCAAGUGGACAGAAACCGAGAUUGAAAUGCUGCGUUUAGCUGUCCGUCGUUUCGGAGAUGACCUCAAUAAUAUCAGCAGCGUGAUCAAGGACCGCACCGUCGGGCAGAUUAAAAGCACUGUGAAGAGAAAGUUGUACGAAGACAGCAGAGUCCCACUGUCGGAAUCCCCAAAGAAAACACCCAAGAAACCAGCCGCCACUUUACCGCCAACGCCACCCGCCACCGCUCCGAACCCUGCAAUGAUCAAUGCACCCACCUCACAGGUCGUCAUGGCGACUGGGAGGCAGAACAGCCCGUCUCUGGCGCCGCCCAUCAAGAAGCAAAAGACAGCAGAUGUGACUCUCAGUGCCCUCAAUGAUUCGGAUGUGAACAGCGACCUUGUUGACAUUGAAGGACUGGAAGCAUCGAACAAGAAACUCAACUUUGACCAAGAGAGUCUCAACCUGGACUCCAGUCUCAUCAUGAACUCCAGUGACCUCCCGCUUCUGUCCCGCUAACCUCCCGGUCAACCCAGUACUUUUGACAGUUAUCUUGUACAUUUAUUUUUUUUUAAUGUUUUUUUUUUUUAGUUGAACGAUAAUCUUCUGUUUGUCACUUAACAUGAUAAAUAGUUUCUCAAACUAAAAGUGACUCUUGUGAAGCGGUAUGUUGACAGGCAUGUGCACAAACAUGUGGCAGAGAAAUGUAUUUUGGCUAAAUGGAACGCUGCAUAUGUAUUUUUUAUAAUCUCACACCUCCCCACAUCAGAGUGAGAGAGAUUUGGUUCCAUUUGCACUCAAAGCUUUGUUCUGAGAAAUGAAGUAACUCUGCAUGCCAGCACCCGACACUCCAGAACAUCUGUGGUGCAGUGACGGUGGUACAACAACAGCAAUGAUCUCACUCUUUCAAAAACACGCACAUAUUGCUUUAUUCAAUGCUUAAAGCAACAAAAUACUCAUGUUUACAAGAAUUCUAACUGGGACGAAGAGGAAUGGAAAGGAAAUAUUUACAUGUUGAACGUCUCCCGGGACUUCAUAUCACAUUGCUUCUACUGUCGUCCACACUUUUGGAAUUACAACACACACAAGUUCUUAAAGUGAACAUAUAGAAAAAUAUAGAUUCUUUGGAGGGGAGAUUCUGGCACAGAAGGACGUCUCUAAAAACCCGACGUUCAUAACCUUCUCACAAAGAAAUGUUCUGAGUUUGAUAUUUACAUUUGGUUACAUUUAUGAUGCUGGAUGUGCGUACAUCUUCCAAUUCCUUAACUUUACUACAGUCUUCUGUCUUCAUGUAGAUGAGUCUAGUCUUUGGUUACCACAGUGGCCACGAACACCUGGUUUAACAUUCACACGACUUCUGAGUCAGUUUCUAAUAUAAAGCAACACAAUGUUUUUUGGGGAAACAAUUACUUCAGUCACGGCUGCUUUUAUCGUACAUUCUUACGGAGUCCACCCCGGCUGUCCUACGAAACACUGAUGAGGAGGCUGUGACUCAAAAUUAUCAGGUGGAAUGUAAGAUUAAAAGUUAAUUGGAGCAACCGUUUAGAUUAGAUUAGAUUUGAUAUCCUUUAUUGGUCCCACAUUUUAGUAGGACAACGUACAUGAUGAAAAGUGCCACCUAUAUUUGUGCUUAACUGGCAACCUUCAGAUGCAAGGCUCUCGGCCAAUACUCUCGCCAGAGUACCCUUCAGAUACCUCUUCAUGUUCCCAUCCCACUUGUGACGCCAUCUAUCACUGCGAGAGCGGAGGAUUCCUGAGCGGACCUGGCCUCAAACUGUCACGUUUUCAGACCCCGGCGCUUCAGUCAACCUUCACUCCCGGAACACUUUACAUCGUUGACCUUUUGUACUUCUCUCGGGCCCCUCACACAAAGCUUCAACCAUUCAAACACGGGGCCCCAGGUGACUGUCCCACACUGGAUAUAGGAAAAGUCCAUUCCGGACCCAGGAUCGAACCUGCAGCCAAAGAGCCAGCUCAUUGGUAUUGCAGUCAGAGUCACACCUUGAGAUUGUUGACUUGAUCAAACUGAAGUGAGUAAUAUUUCAGCUUCAUUUCUGCUCAAAAUAAACUUUGGGAAUUCCUCUUUUUGACUUGGAGGCUGAUGAGUAAUGUCUUUACCUGGUUUCCUGUGACAUCGUAGCCCGAACCCUCAAAGAAUCAGCUCUACUUCCAGUU